AUGGCUAGAAGAAAAAACAAUCGUAGAGGAGGUAGGAAGACUUUUGGAGCGCGUGAUGACGUGCAUGCCCAGAAAGAUUGGACUGAACUCGUGAAGGAGAAUGAAAAGUGGGAGAGUUACUACAAGGCGUUAGGGUUGUUUCCAGAGGAACAGUGGGAGCAGUUUAAGAAGACGUGUCAGACGCAGUUGCCGUUAACGUUUAGGGUUACAGGAUCGAGAAAGCAUGCCCAGGAAGUUUUGCAGUUGUUUGAGGAGAAGCACUUGCCUAAUUUGACUGGCAUUGAAUGGGAUGGAGAAAAUAUUGAGGCUCCAAAGCCGCUUCCAUGGUAUCCAGACCGGUUAGCGUGGCAGCUGGAUGUGUCUAAGGGAGUGAUCCGUAAGAAUGAACAGUUUGCUAAGAUGCAGCGGUAUUUGGUUGUUGAGAAUGCUGUUGGGAAUAUAUCUAGACAAGAAGCAGUUUCUAUGAUUCCGCCUCUCUUACUUGAGGUUGAACCCCAACAUACUGUGCUAGAUAUGUGCGCGGCACCAGGGUCUAAGACUGCCCAGUUGAUUGAAGCUUUGCAUGCAAAAGGCCCAGAGCCUUCUGGGUUUGUGGUGGCAAACGAUGCUGAUUAUCGGAGAUCCCAUAUGCUUGUACAUCAACUGAAGAGACUUAACUCUGCAAACCUGAUUGUGGUGAACCACGAUGCCCAAUUCUUCCCGCGUAUAAAAACCUCCGAGGGUAGUAAAGAUUUCUUAAGAUUCGAUAGGGUUCUCUGUGACGUUCCAUGUUCUGGUGAUGGAACGAUGAGAAAGAAUAUUAAUGUUUGGAAAGACUGGGCCACUGCUUCUGGGCUUGGAUUGCAUACAGUGCAAGUAAACAUUUUGAACAGAGGUUUAAACCUAUUAAAAGAUGGCGGUAGGCUUGUUUACUCUACUUGUUCCUUGAAUCCAAUAGAAAAUGAAGCUGUAGUCGCAGCUGCGCUUAGAAAAUGGGGCGACAAAAUCAAGCUAGUUGAAUGUGGCGAUAAAUUGCCCGGGUUGAUUAGAUCUCAAGGCAUUAGCCAAUGGCCUGUAUACGACAAAGGCUUCAAUGCUAAACAAAGGUCUGACGAAGGUGUCGAUGCAAGUUGGUUUCCUCCAACAGACGAAGAGAUCAGUAAAUUUCAUUUAGAAUCUUGUGUUAGAGUUUAUCCUCACCAACAGAACACAGGUGGGUUCUUUAUCGCCGUUUUUGAAAAGGCUAGCGCAGAAGAGCCUAUUCAAACAGGAGAAAAAUCUGAAGAGCCCGAACUCAAGAAGCAGAAGAGGGAUGUAGCCCCAAAGAAGGAAAAACUACCAAGAGAUGCUAACGAAGAGCCCUUUAUAUUUGUCGAUCCUAACCAUUCUGAAUUAGCUAUUUGUUGGGAAUUCUAUGGAAUUUGCGACGAUUUUGAUAAAAGUACUUGUUUGGUUCGCAACGCAACAGGAGAACCAACUAGAGUCAUAUAUCAUGUUGCUACCGCUUUGAAACAACUAAUUCAAGCAAAUGAAGAUAGGUUAAAGAUUGUUUACUCCGGUGUCAGACUGUUUGUUUCACAAAGAAGUGAUAUUGGCUGCUCCUGGAGGAUACAAAGUGAGACAUUACCUAUAAUAAAACAUCACAUGAGUGGCAAUAGAGUCGUCGAAACUAACAUGGAAAUGUUCAAGAAAUUGUUAUUGGAAGCUUUCCCAAGAUUUGAGGAGAUGGAAGAAGCUCAUAUUGACGACAAUUUUAUUUCAAGAAUGAAAGAAUUGAGUACAGGUUGCGCUUUUAUUAAAGUUGAUCGUGGAGCUGACAAAGAAGAUCUUUUCUUACCAAUUUGGAAUGGUACUAAAUGUGUCAAUUUGAUGGUCUGUAAAGAAGAUACACAUGAGAUCCUGUACAGGGUUUUUGGAAUCGAAACUACUAGCAAGCAAAAUCCAAAGGCAGAUGCUCAAGCUAAGGCUCAAAAUGAGAAGGAAGCUUCAGAAAAUGCUCUACCCGAUGAAUCACCUGAUGAGCCCCCCACUGAUACUUCUGUACCUGUCGAAAACAAGGUCCCAGAAACUGAGUCAAACUUUGAAGCUGCUUAA